UUGUUUGCAAAACAGUUUUCUCAUCCCCUCUCCCACUUAAAAGUAAAGUUUACUUCGGAAGUUAUCACAAUAUAUUUGUCUCCACUUUUCCGCUGGUAAUCAAGCAAAUCAGUCAUGGAACUGCACAGUCGCGAUCAGCGUGACCUGGACAAGGGAGCCAGGGUGUUUAACUGGGCGCGAAUAAUGUCAAAAUGCAUCGGAGUGUGGCCAUUAGAGCCUAAUUAUUAUCUCUUCAACAUAUGUUUCGUGUACUUUACCUAUAUCAUGAUUACCGAGUUGAUAAAUUUAUUCUACUGCCUCCCAAAUCUCAAGAGAGUUAUCAACAAUCUCACAGAAAGUUUAGCGUUUACGCACAUGUACGUACGGACUUUGAUGUUGAGGGUUCACAUUAAAAAGUUGGGUGGAAUUAUUUCUGAAUGUCUGAAGGAUUAUCAGGUAAGUGCGUUUAGAAACUCUGACGAAGUUCAAGAAUUUCUGAUGUACGUCAAAAAAGGUAAAUUUUUUGUGAAAUAUGCUGCUAUUUUUGUCAUUUCUACCGCAACUUCGUGGUACAUACGUCCCAUAACUUCUCCAUCGCCACCACCAAACAACGAAACAAGUUUUACAUACGUUUUACCUUACAAAUUCCAUGUUUUUUACAAAAUAAGUGACUAUCGUACCUACGUACUGACAUAUGUCUCCCAUAGUCCAUUCGCGGUCAUCAGUGGUGUCGGUGCUGUUACUUCAGCAUGGCUGUUAAUCAUACUUUCAUUUCACGUUACCGGAAAGCUCUCAGUUUUGGCGAACAGGAUUCAUGCUUUGAAGUACCAAGGUGUGAGAUUCAGAAGUGAUCUAAAUGAAAUUAUUGCGGAGCACUCUAGACUUUUGGCAAUGGGAGAAGGAAUAAAAAGUUCAUAUGCCAUAGCGUUGUUAAUAUACUUUAUCAACGGCACAAUACUACUGACAAUCAUUGGCUACCAAAUUCUUGUGACGCUUAUUUCGGGUGUGAGUCAUAAUUUGAUGCCGUACUUUGUUUUUAUAUUGACUGUCUAUUUGGUGAUAAGCAUCUUCUGUAUUCUCAGUGAACAUCUUUUAGCUCAGAGUAAUAAUGUUCGCGACGCAUUUUGGAAUUGCGGCUGGUAUGACCAUCCGGAUUGUAUGAAAGAUAUUGCAUUUUGCAUCAAUCGGAGCCAAAAACCUUUAGGAUUAACUCGCCAGGAAAUUACGACGUUCAAACGUAAUGCACUGCGCAUUAUUUAUCCGCUAUUCAUCAAACAAACCAGUCGGAUGAAAGCACAAAGCCAUGAACAACGAGAGCUGGACAAAGGUGUUAAAGUGUUUUCGUGGGUACGUUUGAUAUCCAAAUUAAUCGGUAUCUGGCCUUUGGACCCAAAUUAUUAUCUUUACAACAUUUGUAUUACUUACUUCACUUACAUUAUGAUCACCGAGUACAUUGAUUUGUACUUUUGCCUUCCAAAUUUUAAAAAAGUAAUCAAUAAUCUUACUGAGAGUCUAGCAUUUACCCAAAUGUAUGUUCGUGGGAUAAUGUUGAGGGUUCAUAUUGACAAACUACAACGAAUUACAGCUGAAUCGGUUAAAGAUUACCAAGUUAGCGCGUUCAAAAAUCCUGAUGAAGUUCAUGAGUUUCUUUCUUAUGUCAAAAGAGGUAAAUUUUUUGUUAGAGCAGUAACUAUUUUUAUUCUUUCAACAACAACUUCGUGGUUUCUACGUCCAAUAACGUCUUCAACACCUUCAACAUCUAUCAUACCAGGUGACAAUGAAACAGCACCGAAGUUUACCUACAUUCUGCCCUAUAAAUUCCAUGUUUUUUAUAAAAUAAACAACCAGCGUACCUAUGCGUUGACUUACAUGUCUCAUGCUCCAUUCGCAUACGUCAGUGUGAUAAGUGCCAUAACAUCUGCGACCUUGUUAAUUGCACUUUCGUUUCACGUCAGCGGAAGACUUGCGAUUCUCGCACGAAGAAUCAAUGCUUUGAAAAAUUCAAACGAAAAACUUAGAACUGAAAUCAAUGAAAUUAUUUUUGAACAUACGAGACUUUUAGAUAUGGGAGAAGAAAUAAAAGUCUCUUAUGCUGCUGCUUUGUUGGUCUAUCUUGUAGUUGGUACCAUUCAAUUGUGCAUUAUUGGAUAUCAUAUCCUUGUGUUAGUUUCUAUGGGUAAACAGCAUAGUUUGAUGCCAUUCUUUGUUUUUAUAAUUACCACUUAUGGUCUGAUCAGUAUAUAUUGUAUUCUCAGCGAAAAUCUUCUUGCAGAGAGCAAAAAAUGCAGUGAGGCCUUUUGGUGCUGCAAGUGGUACGAAAUGCCCCAAGAUUGUGUCAAAGAUAUAGCCUACUGCAUAAUGCGAGCCCAAAAGCCACUUGGAUUGACAGCUGGAGCCUUUGUUGUUUUUAGUAACAGUACUUUGACCGAUGUCACCAAAACUUCAAUGGGUUAUCUCAGUAUUUUAAGAAAUUUUCUUAAUGAUUGAUCAACAUAACGCCAACAUUGUUGUAGUAUUUGUUUAAAAUAUAUAAUCGUUGCAGUUAAA